AUGGAUGAUAACAAUAUUCUUUUCUCAUUAUCUCCGCAAUAUCGUUUUUCUUCACCAAAGUAUGAUAAUAAUGGUGAUUAUGAUUAUGAUGCAAUUGAAACUCAGACACCCAAAAAUAAAGAUUUGAAAAAGAAUAAAACGAAGAAGAGGAGCAAGAAUAAUGUAAGUGUUACUGGGUCACAAAGUGUAAAAAAAGUUUCUAAAAAAGAAAAUAAAAAAGAAAAUAAAAAAAAAUAUGAAGCUUUUUUGAAAGCUAUAGAAGAAAAUAAUCCAUUUAAAGAUUCUUUGGAGACAGAGGAAGAAAAGAAAAUAAGAGAAUCAAUUAUAAAUCUCCCUGAUGUUUCAGAUGUUGUAUUAAUUUAUGAACCAGAAUAUAAGCCUGUUCGAGAUGUAGGUUUAGAGGUAGCUAGUGAAGAGCAAUUAAAAGAAUCAUAUGAAAGAAUUCAAAACACAUCACUUACUAGCACAAAAAGUAGAGAUGAAACUGUUGUAGUAGAUAAAAAUAUUGCAACAAAUGUUAGCAAUACUGUAGAGAUAAAUGAUAUUUCUUCUUCAAAUAACUUUGUAAAUAAAUCAAAAACAUCUAUUGAUUUUCAAGAUAAACCGAUUGAAAUUGUAGAAGAAUCACAAGUAAAAGAGGAUUCAAAUGAAACAGAUGAAUCAUCCAUCUUUAUAGAUUAUACAAAUAUAUUAGAAAAAGACAAAAAUAAAGUUGUAGAUGUAUUAAAUAGUGGAAAUUCUACAUCUCAAAAAUCUAAUGAUUCUUUAGUGUUUUUACAUUUAGAAAACAAAAGUACUUUGGAUCAAAAGGAAAUUCAAAAUGAAAAAGAAAAUAAAUCUAAAAGAUUAUCAGAGAGACGAAGGCUAUCGUUUGUAUCACACAAAAAGCCUAGAAGAAAUGUUCCAAUUAGAUGCGUAGAAACAGUAGCUAAUAACUUCAAUGAAAGUAUUGACUUUUUCCAACGAACUUCUAUUUUGGAUAGUAGCAAAACUGUAAAUGAAACUGGUAAUAGUGAAGUUGUAGAAAUAAAUGAAACAUUACCAGUCAAACGUAAAUCUAUUGGUGACGAUUAUCCUGGAUCUCCAAAAAAAGUGUUACCAUUGAAUAGGCAGGAUGAUACUUUUGAAAUGAGUAGAUUCUUUUUAGAUACUACUCAAGAAGAUGUCUGUUUAUCUUUAAUGACUAUUGAUAAUAUGUUAGAAAUAGUUAAGCAGGAAAAAUUAUCAACAUUUCGUAAAUUGUUUCCUCCUAAAAUUGAAAAAAUUGGUGAAGGUUGUUUUGGAGAAGUUUAUUCUUCAAAACAAUCAGAUGGUAGAAAUAUUGUUUAUAAGGUUACACCAUUUGAACCAGAUGCCAGUAAAAAAACAAUUGUUAAUGGUGAUAUUUUAAAAGGAUGCCAUGAAUUAACAGUAGAAUAUAUAGUUACCAGUGAGUUAUCUAAAUUAAGUGAAAUGUCAACUUUUUCUUGUGACAAUUUUGUCAAACUAUAUAAAACUAUUAUUGUACGUGGUGUAUAUCCAAAAAUUUUAUUAGAUGCUUGGCAAAGAUAUAAAAAAAAUAAUGAAGUAUUUAAUGAUAAUCCAUCAAAAUAUGCAAAAACUACUAACCAUUAUAUGGUUUUUGAAUUAGAAGAUGGUGGAAUUGAAUUAGAAAAAUGUAAACAUCUAACAAAAGAACAAGGUUAUUCAAUCAUUUUUCAACUUAUUCAUUGUUUACGUAUUGCUGAAGAGAUGUUAAAAUUUGAGCAUCGUGAUCUUCAUGAGUCAAAUAUUUUGAUUCAAGAAAUUGAAAAAGAUAUCGAUAUAGAUUAUACAUACUGUAUGAGAAAAUAUAAAAUAAAAUCAUUUGGUGUAAAAAUUAAAAUUAUUGAUUAUUCACUUUCAAGGUUAACACUAAAUAAUGAAAAAUAUUAUUUAGAUCUUGAAAAAAUUGAAGGAAUUUUUAAUGACAAUGCUGAUUCAAAUAGUUUUCAAGCUAUUUAUUCUGAAAUGAGAAAAUUAAUAAAAAAAGAUUGGUCAAAAUUUUGUUCAAAGAACAAUUUAUUAUGGAUUAUUUAUCAUGUAAAAAGACUUUAUUCUUGCAAAAUAAUAAAAGACGAAAAUUUUCUUAAAUAUUUUGUGGAUGAUGUAUCUAAAAUGAAUUGCUUGGAAGAACUUUAUAAUGAUAUUCAGUUCAUUGAAUUUCAGAAAACGUUUAUUGUAUAG